GGAGGUUUCGCGUCCCGCUCGAAGAGAGGUGUCGUCGUUCUUCCUCCUCCUCCCCUUCCCUGAGGUAGCAGUGAAACGGGUGAGGAUCGGAGUUGUCUGCUGGUUCUCAGCUUGAAGAAGAAUCUACAGUCCUUAUUGAUCCUUUUUUCUUGGCGUUACCAUUUUUGAAGCAAAGUUAACUAGCUUUCUAGUCUGAGCUUUCUUUUUGGCCGUCUUUAAAAACAUUUUUUUUUUGAUCCAUAAGGUAGACAAGAGAUAGUUCUACAAUGUCCAAGUCAUUCCAGCAGUCAUCUCUCAGUAGGGACUCACAAGGUCAUGGGCGUGACCUAUCUGCAGGAAUAGGCCUUCUUGCUGCUGCUACCCAGUCUUUAAGUAUGCCAGCAUCUCUUGGAAGGAUGAACCAGGGUACUGCACGCCUUGCUAGUUUAAUGAAUCUUGGAAUGAGUUCUUCAUUGAAUCAACAAGGAUCUCAUAGUGCACUGUCUUCUGCUAGUACUUCUUCCCAUAAUUUGCAAUCUAUAUUUAACAUUGGAAGUAGAGGUCCACUCCCUUUGUCUUCUCAACACCGUGGAGAUGCGGACCAGGCCAGUAACAUUUUGGCCAGUUUUGGUCUGUCUGCUAGAGACUUAGAUGAACUGAGUCGUUAUCCAGAGGACAAGAUUACUCCUGAGAAUUUGCCCCAGAUCCUUCUACAACUUAAAAGGAGGAGAACUGAAGAAGGCCCUUCAUUGAGUUAUGGUAGAGAUGGCAGAUCUGCUACACGGGAGCCACCAUACAGAGUACCUAGGGAUGAUUGGGAAGAAAAAAGGCACUUUAGAAGAGAUAGUUUUGAUGAUCGUGGUCCUAGUCUCAACCCAGUGCUUGAUUAUGACCAUGGAAGUCGUUCUCAAGAAUCUGGUUAUUAUGACAGAAUGGAUUAUGAAGAUGACAGAUUAAGAGAUGGAGAAAGGUGUAGGGAUGAAUCUUUUUAUGGUGAGCCCUCACAUAACUAUCAUAAAUUUGACAGUGAGUAUGAGAGAAUGGGUCGUGGUCCUGGUCCUUUACAAGAGAGAUCUCUCUUUGAGAAAAAGAGAGGCGCUCCUCCAAGUAGCAAUAUUGAAGACUUCCAUGGAUUCUUACCGAAGGGUUAUCCCCAUCUGUGCUCUAUAUGUGAUAUGCCAGUUCAUUCUAAUAAGGAGUGGAAUCAACACAUCAAUGGAGCAACACACAGUCGACGCUGCCAACUUCUUCUUGAAAUCUAUCCAGAAUGGAAUCCUGACAAUGAUUCUGGACAUGGAAUGGGAGAUCCAUUCAUGUUGCAGCAAUCUACAAACCCAGCACCAGGAAUUUUGGGGCCCCCUCCUCCCUCAUUCCAUCUUGGGGGACCACCUGUUGGACCAAGAGGAAAUAUGGGUGCCGGAAAUGGAAAUAUGCAAGGACCAAGACAUAUGCAAAAGGGCAGAAUGGAAACUAGCAGAGUUGUUCACAUUAUGGAUUUUCAGCGGGGGAAAAACUUGAGAUACCAACUUUUGCAGCUGGUUGAACCAUUUGGAGUAAUUUCAAACCAUCUGAUCUUAAAUAAAAUCAACGAGGCAUUCAUUGAAAUGUCUACCACAGAAGAUGCUCAGGCUGCAGUGGACUAUUAUACAACCACACCAGCACUAGUAUUUGGCAAACCAGUAAGAGUCCAUUUAUCCCAGAAGUAUAAAAGAAUAAAGAAACCUGAAGGCGGGAAACCUGAUCAGAAAUUUGAACAGAAGCCUGCUGGACGGGUGAUCCAUCUCAGCAACUUGCCCCAUUCUGGCUAUUCUGACAGUGCCGUCAUCAAACUUGCUGAGCCCUAUGGAAAGAUAAAGAAUUACAUAUUAAUGAGGAUGAAGAGCCAGGCUUUCAUAGAAAUGGAGACCCGAGAGGAUGCUAUGGCCAUGGUCGAGCACUGUGCAAAAAAGGCACUUUGGUUCCAGGGCCGAUACGUGAAGGUUGACUUAUCUGAGAAAUAUAAAAAACUGGUGUUGCGGAUUCCUAACAGAGGAAUUGAUCUGUUAAAGAAGGAUAAAUCUCGAAAGAGAUCUUACUCUCCAGAUGGCAAAGACUCUCCAAGUGAUAAAAAGUCCAAGACUGAUGGCAGCCAGAAGAGUGAUAGUGGAGCUGAAGGAAAAGAACAGGAAGAGAAACAAAGUGAAGAUGCUGAUAAAGAUAUAAAAGAUGAACAGGCAGAGCAAGAACCUGGUUUGCUUCUUGAAUCUGAAGAUGAGCUACUUGUAGAUGAAGAAGAAGCAGCUGCACUGCUAGAAAGUGGCAGCUCAGUGGGGGAUGAAACUGACCUUGCUAAUUUAGGUGAUGUGGCUGCUGAUAUUAAAAAAGAACCUUCAGAAAAAGCCUUGAAAAAAAUGGAAAUGAGUCUUGGUUCUUCAGCGGCAGCAAAGAAAAAACUCAAAAAGGUGGACAAGAUGGAGGAACUUGAUCAGGAGAAUGAUGGAUCGUUGGAAAAUGGAAUUAAAAAUGAAGACAGUACAGAGCCUGGAGGUGCCGAAUCUGCCGAGAACCUUGAGGGAAUGGAUCCGAACCAAGAGACAAGUGAAAAUACAGAUGGUGAAAACGAAAUUAAGAGGGAGGAUAUCCCAGAUGAGUAUAGAAUUGGACCAUAUCAACCCAAUGUUCCUGUUGGCGUGGACUAUGUGAUACCCAAGACAGGAUUUUACUGUAAACUCUGUUCUCUCUUCUACACAAAUGAGGAAGUUGCAAAAAAUACUCACUGCAGCAGCUUGCCUCAUUAUCAGAAAUUAAAGAAAUUUCUGAAUAAAUUGGCAGAAGAUCGCAGGCAAAAGAAAGAAGCUUAAGAUGUGCAAGACGCUUAAGGGUUUCCAAGGAAAAGUGGUUCUUUGUUUUUAACGUUAACAUUUUUUAAACGCAGUACAGAUAGUUAGUAGAAGAAAAUAUUGUACUCUUUUGUUUUAGUGAAAAAUAGUCUGUUCGUGUGUUAAGUGUUACAAUAAAAAUGCAUAUACAGUUAAGUUAAUGCAGAAUAACUUUUCUUUUAUGAGAAUGGCGACAGACAGAAGUGCUUUGUAGAGAUUGGCUCUUCAAGCCACUCAGAUAACUUUUGCACCGUUAUGAAAAAAGUGGAUGUGUGAAGAAAAGUAACCUUCAAAGAAAUGAAAUUUUAUUAGUUUCCAGCUUCAAAGAAUUGUCAUUUUGAUUCCAUUCAAUAAAGAACAAAAAACUUACAUUGUAUUUUUGUUAAUUUUAUCUGAAACAUUCCACAUUCUGAUCUGAGCCUAGCAGAUUUUUCAUUUGGAGUGUGACGUUGUUUAGUUGUAUUUCAUUUCUGGAAACGUCCUUAAGUGUAAAGUUGGCAAAUUAAAAAUGCAGGUGCAGCUUCUUUUAAUGUCAUUGCUGUUACUUAGAUGUUAGAAAACUAUUAAGUAAUUGGCUUUAAAUUUUGUAAUUUUUUUUCUAAGUUCCUACUAGAUUUUUUCUUCAUGUAGUUGGUGUAUUUUCAGUGAAAUGUAAAACAAAAAAAAUCCCAUUCUCUUUGACCAGUAUUAAUUUCUUGAGCUCUUAUUGCUUGUUACUUGAAUCCUGUAGCUGUCAUACAUUUCUGGUAUAAGCAACAUUUGAUUUUUGAAGUGUGUAGAUCAUCUCUUCAUAUUCUUUAAAUGUAAUUUUACAUAUCUACAUUUUAAAACAGUUUGAUCAUAAUCCCAGAAGCACGCUUCUAAUUAAUGUACCUGCACUUGUGACCUUUGUGAACAGAAAUUUGCAUGUAUAAUCUGUGUUUACUUGUAAUUUUCUGAUUAUAUACUGCUUAUAUCUGUGGAUUCAAGUUACUGAAGUGAUUACCAAUAAACAAACCUAGGCAACAAUAAUUGGUUAUAUAUGUUUGGAAUAUUAACCAAUAUAUGUCAUGUGGCUUAUUCAUAGACUUUCUCUUCCUCUGCAUGCUUUUAGUUGAAUUACUACUCUUAAAACUGGGUGUGUCUGCUACUAAAAUGUUCAUUUCUUUGGUGCUGUUGAAUUAUAGUCCCAGUUUCAUAG